AUGCCGGCCUUCACCACCCCCAAUUUCGAGAUUAAUUUUGGCGAGCUGAUGGCACGCCUCGAGCAAACGGAACGUCGCAUCGGGGCGGCACGCGAAAAGGAGUCGCUCGCGCUGCAGGAGAAGCGGCUCAAGGAGCAGAUCAUCGGCUUGGCUUUGAAAAGCCGUUACCGGUCAACCAGCCACAGUGAAGCGAAGCUACUCGAGCUCGUCAAGAAGCAGGAUGACCUCCAAUUUUUUGUGACCGGCCGCCUUCCGAAUACUCCAGCGCCAUCUUUUCCGCCUCUGACGCUCGGGAACCUCGAUCUCUACAAGCUACCUGAGGGGGAGAAGGAGAAUAUUCUCCGCGCCGAGGAGGAAUUUGCCAAACAGAACGAGCCCGCGAAGAUUGACAGGAUGAUCACCAGCUACUUCCGUAGCGAAAAGAAGCUCCUCAACGAGUCGUACGAGGCCGCCAAGCUUGAGAGGGAACGGCUCGAGGCGAAAGUGGAGGAAAUUCUGAUGACGGCCCACCUCGAGAGUGAGAAGCACCAGGUGCACUACGUCACCCGAGUCACACAAGCGCAGGCCCAUGUCCAAAUGACCAGCGAGGAACUCGUCGAAUACCUCAACGCCGAGAAGCACGCGCCGCAGCGCGAAUUGGUCAUCACGCGCGUCGUCAACAUCAACCAGGCUGACGAUGAUGCUGGAGCCGCCCCGGCCCGCCCCGAUGAGACGCCCUCCAAGAAGCGUGGACGUCCCAAGGUCUACACGGUCAGUGAAAGAAGACGCAAGGUGUCCCGAAACAAAACCGACGCCGAGGAGGGGUGGUGCACUGGGUGCCCUCGAGAGGACGGCAUCAAGCCGGUGUCCAGCGCGUUGUACGCCGUUCCCGCGUGCGCCGACUGCGCCAAAACGUUCAGCCAGUUGGCCGCGAGGGCCAAGGAAUCGCCGGGUUGCAGUCUUGCAUACUGCACCGAACGUAGGCGCUGCAACUGGUGCGUCUACCAGGAAUGGAUCGCAAAAGGCUUCAAAGAAAAAGUCCCGCCGGCCGCC